AAUUCAAAGCAGUAUAUAAAUUAGAACACAACGCAUUCGAACUCUUUGAGAAACUACACAGAGAAACUAAAAUAGUGCCAUAUAUAUAACUAUAUUGGAUGCAACAUGGAUGCUGCCAGCAUGUCCGAGCGUAGUCUGCCCGCUUAUUCGCAGAGUCAACGCUCCUUCACUAAACCUUAUAUGCCAGGCGGCAGCAGCCAGAAACUACAAGAGAUUGUGGAGGAGCCACCAGAUUUGGAUAUGACAGCAAUUGCAUACAAGUUCUUUUUGGAUGAUUUUCAUCGUUUAAGCGAAGAGGAUCGCAGGAUGAGACUUGCCGGCUUGGAUGGAAUUGAAAUGCUGCGCACUAUUGAACAGAUACAAGCUGAGAUGGCAACAUUUAAGCUGGAGAAUCAUAUAAUGGUAGAGUUUCUGGAAAAGAACGAUCCCAAGCUGCUGGUGGGUCUGCGACAGCGACGCACAUCGGUUAUGAAAAAAACACAGAGCAAACGCAAUUUGGGCAAUGAGAGCAUGGCGCCCUCAAGUCGUCAGAGUAUGUCCAAGCGUUCCAUAUCAGCAUCUAUCUAUAUGGGCGGCAGUGCGGCAGGCGAUCGUACGCGACGUCCUAUAGAGCAUAAGCUCAACUAUAAGGCCAAAGCGGAAUUGGCAGAGAAAUGUGCUGCAGAGGUGGAGAAGCGCGUUACGGAUAUCGAAAGAAAUGCCAUGGUUGAGGUCAAACAGCUGCGUGCCAAGAUCGAAGAGUUGCGUUAUCGCAGCGAGGAAACCAUUGAAACUGAGCGUAAUUUUGUUUUACAUUUUUUACGCGAUGACAAGGAUGUGCAGUUCCUUGAAUCCGCUACUGAGCGUCAAAUUGAGCGCAAGUUGCGCAAAUUCACAGCAAAUUGGUUUAAGAAUGCGCGCGCCUUGUUGGGCACCAUGCGUUUAACUAUUGUAUCGCUGCAAGAGACUUGCCAACAGCAUCGUGCAGAUCUUAUUACCAAAGCAGAUCUAAGUGGCAUACUCACUGCUGUGGAUUUUGAAAAAUUAAUAAUCAAACGCACUGAACUCAUCAAUGAGUUAGAAGAGAAAAAUACACAUAUGGCAGGACUUAAGGGCGUCACUGGCAAAACUUCCUUAGCUAUGACUGAAGAGAAACAGGCAAUGAUGAAUUUAGAAACAGAAAUGCGCAAUGUUCUCAAUCGCACUGAGGAAAUUACACGCAAUAUUGUUAAACUGGAGAAAGAGGUAGCCAUAGUGCAGGCCAAUAAUGCCAAGGAUUAUGUUGUAUUGGGUGAGUUACGUGCGCAGCUGGAUGAAUACGAAGCGCCAAGUGUUACUGAAUAUAUUGAAAAGAAAGAGGAAGCUAUUUCUCUGGAAAAGGAGGAGAAAAUGUUACAACGCAAGAUCUAUAUACUUAAUAUGAAACUGAACAAUGUUAUGCGACGUUAUAGAUUACGCGAUGAAUAAUUAAACAAACACACAAUUGAGCAGCAGCAAAGAU